CCAGGUUAUCACGGAUGCUCUUUACGAUAAGUUAAUGGGGGCACUUCCACCCAAAUAUAUUGCUGGUAUGGAAGCUUAUGAUGUUGAUAAGUUAGGAGGAAGCACUCCGGCAACACCAGCAACCCCGGCAGCUGGUGUUUCGACUCCAUCGUACGAUGCUAGAUCUGCACCACCCCCAGCACCCCAACAAUCAAAUGUUGGCAAAUUAACUCAAGACUUAUCAAAUACUACAAUCGGAGCACCACCAGGUGCCCCACCACAACCACCACGUUCCCAGGAAGCAAAGCCAUUGGGCUACUGCAAAGCUUUAUUUGAUUACCAGGCCCACGAAGCCGAUGAUUUGAGUUUUAAGAAGGAUGAAAAAUUGGCGGUUCUCGAACAUUUAUCAGAAGAUUGGUGGAAAGGUUUCAAGCAAAAUGAAGGCCCAAAUAGAGCUGGUGUUUUCCCAUCGAAUUAUGUUAAUGUGAUUUCUCAGCAAGAGUUUGAAUCAAGCGUUUCAACCCGCUCAGUUCCACCUCCACCUCCUCAAAUCAAUGAAAAGGCUACUUAUUCGCCAACGGCUUAUUCUGCACCUCCACCGCCACCUCAAUAUGACCAAUACCAACCUCCCCCUCAAGCACUUCAACCACAACCUCUGUAUGGCGGAUACGCUCAAUACCCUCCUCCAUCUACUAACUAUUACCAACAACCUCCACCACAGCAGUAUCAACCUCUGCCUCAACCCGCUCCACAACAAACUGUUGUUGAACAACCUCAAGAACAAUCUACCAUGAGAAAAGUUGGUGGUAAGUUUGGUAACGCUGCCAUUUUCGGGGCUGGUGCCACUCUUGGUGGGGAUCUUGUCAAUUCCAUUUUUUAAAAUCUGUUUCAUUUCUUCAAUAGCUGAAAGCGUUUGACUGUUUUUUUUUUUUU